AUGAUAGUGGUAGAAAAAAUUAAGAAAUUCGAAUCGUUGAACCGCCGCACCCACAAGAGGAAAAACAACGAUUUUCCAAUUGAAACAGUCGUUAUCAAACGAUCAAGCGUCCCAUUAACAGAGGAGGAAACUAAAGUACUCGUCAAAGGCUUAAAUUAUGCAGUCGCUCCAAAGAAGUUUCCCAAAGAAGAAAUUAUAUGUGAAGUGGAAGCGGUUAUUCGCAGAAUACCUGCAGUGAAAGCAGAAGAAGUUCGUCAAGACAUAGCGAGAGUGCUUAAAACAGCAACGCCACCAAAAUCAAACUUAACAAUGAACGAAAGAAGAGCACUACGAACGAUAAGGGAAAAACCGGACAUUAUCAUCCUACCAACGGACAAGGGGAAUGCGACUGUGGUUAUGGACAGAAAGGAAUACGACGACAAAAUCAAGAGUCUUUUGGACCCAGCCACCUAUAAGAAAAUAAAAAAGGACCCAAUCGAGAAGAUAGUAAGGAAGAUGAAAGAACUGGUAAAAACCACAGAAAUCCCAGCAGAUCAACAGGAAAGCUUAUUCGUACAGGCUCCAGUACCACCAAGGAUAUAUGGAUUACUCAAAAUCCAUAAACCAGCCCUAUUGUCAGUGCCAUAA